UACAAAUUUAUACUAAACAUCGAUGGGACAGUUGCGGCAUAUCGCUUUCCUUUUCUGCUGGCUGGAGAUAGCGUUGUUUUCAAGUCGUUCUCUGAUUAUUACGAGCACUUUUACAUCGACCUCGAGGAAGGAUUGCAUUAUUUCCAUUUUAAUGAUUCCACUCUCAUUGAACAAAUCAAAUGGGCAAGGACACAGGAUCACAAUAAGACAUUAAAUGCAAUGCAUGAAUUUGUGCUGCAGCACCUUCAACCUCUCGAUAUUUACUGCUAUUAUGCCGAUUUUGUGCAGAAAUAUACUAGUAAAUUAAAGAAAAUCCCGAUACAACCUGAGAAUGAAAUGGAACUUGUUCCAAAAAUACCUCCGGAAAAACGAUUUGUUGAUCAAUCAUGCGAUUGUUCAAAUCAAGCCAACUAUGAAGAAGGCAUGAAUAGUAAACAAGAACUAUAA